AUCCAAUUGCACAAAGCGCCACAAGAGAUGUAAACAACGCUGCUUAAUUUUGAGCCCGGGGCAUAUUUUACUAAAUAAAUUACAAACAAAAAUCACACACACACCGACAUACAGCUCCAUACAAUGUAAUUGUAGCGCACAAAUAACCGGUAUGUCAUUCGUUUGUUAUGAUUAGCAAACUCUAGUGUAUUGAAAAUUGUAUUCAUGGCUAAUUUAUCUUAGCCGAUCGAGAAGACUAAACUCGAUCAGAAAAAAACACGCCUGCCAUACAAACAAAGUUGGCACAAGAUGCUGCUAAGCUUAAUACACGCACGGACGCCAAUCGUUCGGAAGGCGCGCAGUGCUGAGCGCUAUUUUUCCAACAUUAGCCGUCUCAAAGUGCUGUUCUUCGGUACGGACCACUUCUCACUGCCAAGUCUAAAAAUUAUUCACAAAAAUCUAAUAGAUAAUGGACGUGUAAAACGGCUCGAGGUGGUUACGUCCUUUAAAGCGGCAAAGAAUCCCGUCAAAUGGUACAGCCAAACAGAAGGUAUACCGCUGCAUGAUUGGGCAUCGUUCUCCCGCACCGCUCCCGGUUCGUUCGAUCUCGGCGUGGUGGUUUCGUUUGGCCACCUCAUCCCGGAGUCGCUGAUAAAUUGCUUCCAACGAGGAAUGCUAAAUGUACACGCUAGUCUCCUGCCAAAGUUGCGGGGUGCAGCACCGAUAGUGCACGCGAUCGCAAACGGCGAUCAACGCACCGGUGUCACCAUCAUGCGCAUCAAACCGAGACAGUUCGAUGUGGGUGAAAUACUGCUGCAGUCCACCGUCGAUAUCGGGCGUGACACGCUGAUGCCGGAACUGCACGAUCGGCUAGCAAACGUUGGCGCUGAGUGUUUGAUUUCGUGCAUGGAAGAUUUGGAGACGUACUAUCGAAGGCAAACGGUUCAAAACGAUGCUGAAGCGACGUACGCUCCCAAAAUUGAUCAAAAGUUUGCUGAAAUCUCGUGGAGAAACUCGACAGCAGUACGGAUAUACGAUUUGUAUCGUUCCUUGUAUGGCUUACGGCCGCUCCUGACUACCUUCGGUGGAGAUGUGGUAAAGAUAUAUAAACUAUCGUUCAACACAGAGCUGCAGGUACAAGGCCAGCUGCCGACCUGUCUGCCAGGCCACGUGGAAUACUCGAAACGCAAAAAACAGCUGCUGGUUCGAUGUGGUGAUGGACGGCUACUCCAGAUACUGCAGCUAUCGAUCGGCGGCAAGAAAAUGUUAACCGGACAAGACUUUUACAAUGGCUUCCUGAGCAAAGUACAGCCAUCGGAAAGGUAUUUCAAGUGAACCGAGAGACGCUUAUAGUAAUACAUUUAUAAUAGAAUGUUCCGACAAUCGA